UCAUCUUCUCUGUUACAGAAUCCUAAAGGUAGACCCCAAAGAUACUGCUGUGAUCAUUGCGAGCAAGUCUUCACCACUUCAUCAAACCUGAAGAGGCAUAAGAAAACUCACACUGGUGAUAAACCAUACAGCUGUGGUCACUGCGGGGUGGCUUUUACCCGACAAUUUAAUCUAAUAAACCACCAACGUAUUCACACUGGAGGAGACAAGCCUUACAGGUGUGAUCAGUGUGGAGCAGCUUUUGCCCAAAAAGGUUCUCUAACGAGUCACCAAAGCAUUCACACUGGAGACAAGCCUUACAGGUGUGAUCAGUGUGGAGCGGCUUUUGCCGCGCAAGGUUCCCUAACGAGUCACCAACGUAUUCACACUGGAGACAAGCCUUACAGGUGUGAUCAGUGUGGAGCGGCUUUUGCCCGGAAAAGUGAUCUUACAAGUCACCAACGUAUUCACACUGGAGACAAGCCUUACAGGUGUGAUCAGUGUGGAGCGGCUUUUGCCCACCAAAGUUCUGUAACGACUCACCAACGAAUUCACACUGGAGACAAGCCUUACAGGUGUGAUCAGUGUGGAGCAGCUUUUUCCCAGCAAGGUGCUCUAAGGAGACAUCAACGUAUUCACACUGGAGACAAGCCUUACAGGUGUGAUCAGUGUGGAGUGGAUUUUGCCCGGCAAAGUGGUUUAAGGAGACACCAACGUAUUCACACUGGAGACAAGCCUUACAGGUGUGAUCAGUGUGGAGCGGCUUUUGCCCACCAAAGUUCUCUAACGACUCACCAACGUCUUCACACUGGAGACAAGCCUUACAACUGUGAUCAGUGUGGAGCGGCUUUUACCAAUCAAAGUCACCUAACGACUCACCAACGCAUUCACACUGGAGAAAAGCCUUACAGCUGUGAUCAGUGUCAAGCGGCUUUUGCCGAGCGAGGUUCUCUAACGAGACAUCAACGUAUUCACACUGGAGACAAGCCUUACAGCUGUGAUCAGUGUGGAGCGGCUUUUGCCCAUCAAGGUUCUCUAACGAGUCACCAACGUAUUCACACUGGAGACAAGCCUUACAGGUGUGAUCAGUGUGGAGCGGCUUUUGCCCAGCAAGGUUCUCUAACGAGUCACCAACGUAUUCACACUGGAGACAAGCCUUACAGGUGUGAUCAGUGUGGAGCAGCUUUUACCCAACAAAGUUCUCUAACGAGUCACCAACGUAUUCACACUGGAGACAAGCCUUACAGGUGUGAUCAGUGUGGAGCGGCUUUUGCCCGGCAAAGGGAUCUUACGAGUCACCAACGCAUUCACACUGGAGACAAGCCUUACAGGUGUGAUCAGUGUGGAGCAGCUUUUACCCAACAAAGUUCUCUAACGAGUCACCAACGUAUUCACACUGGAGACAAGCCUUACAGGUGUGAUCAGUGUGGAGCGGCUUUUGCCCGGCAAAGGGAUCUUACGAGUCACCAACGCAUUCACACUGGAGACAAGCCUUACAGGUGUGAUCAGUGUGGAGCAGCUUUUACCCAACAAAGUUCUCUAACGAGUCACCAACGUAUUCACACUGGAGACAAGCCUUACAGGUGUGAUCAGUGUGGAGCGGCUUUUGCCCGGCAAAGGGAUCUUACGAGUCACCAACGCAUUCACACUGGAGACAAGCCUUACAGGUGUGAUCAGUGUGGAGUACGUUUUGCCACAUCAAGUAAUCUAAGGAGUCACCAACGUAUUCACACUGGAUAAAAAGUGUACAUUUGUGAUCAUUGCUGAUUUAAUUUAACAUCGGUUAAAUUCUAAUGCAGCAGUUCAGUACCAGUGCAGUACACUUGUAAUGUCAGUGCAAUACCGGUUCAGUUCCAAAGCAGUACCUUUUCUGUACUUGUCAGGGUUUGACAUUUCAUGUUGACAUUUCCUGUUUUAUUUUGAAGCCUAUGUCCUUGUGUUUAAGUUCUUGUUUGACCUUCCUGUUCCCAUCUGCCCUGAUCGUCUGCACCUGUGUCUCGUUAACCUUUGUGUAUAUCUGGUCUUGUCUUUCCCCUGCUCCUUGCUGGUCUGUACUGUUUUCCCCUCCAUGUUUUUCCCAUCAGGUUUUGUCAUAGUUUUGGAUUCUUGUCCACAGUUUGGUUUUUGUAUUCUGCUUAAAAGCGUUUUUGGUUCUGUUUUUAAGUUAAUAAAUCACAGUUUUUGGGAACUCCUGCCUCCUGCUCUCCUGCAUCUGGGUCCUCACUACAACCUCCUGACAGUACCAGUGCAACCCCAGUUUUACACCAGUGCAAUACCAAUUCAAUUCACUUUUAUUUGUUGA